AUGAUGAUUCGGAGCCCAGGCAUCACACUGGCUUUUGCCUGGGGUUCUCAGGAGGGGAGAGUUGGGAGAGGCUUUGCUGCUGAGGAAAUUUAUUUGGUAGAUUGAAGGUUUGAACGAGAGCUACAGAAACAAAAGAAAAAGUCUGUAGAAGCCAAUGGUGUUCGGGAAGAAAAUAACCCCAUUGCCUUGAGUUUGUAGGUGCCACUACUACUCUGGAAAAAUGGCAGAUGACGAAGAAUAUGAGGAGGUGGUGGAGUACUACACAGAAGAAGUGGUUUAUGAAGAGGUGCCAGGAGAGACAAUAACAGAAAUUUAUGAGACUACGACAACAAGGACGUCUGACUAUGAGCAAUCAGAAACUUCCAAACCCGCUCUGGCGCAGCCAGAACCAGCGAAGCCAGCAGAGAGGAGGAAGGUCAUCCGGAAGAAGGUGGAUCCUUCAAAGUUCAUGACCCCCUACAUUGCACACAGUCAGAAAAUGCAGGAUCUUUUUAGCCCAAACAAAUACAAGAAGAAGUUUGAGAAAACAAAAGGACAGCCAUACGCCAGCACAACAGAUACCCCAGAACUUCGUAGAAUCAAAAAAGUACAAGAUCAACUCAGUGAGGUUAAGUAUCGAAUGGAUGGUGAUGUUGCUAAGACUAUCUGUCAUGUAGACGAAAAAGCAAAGGAUAUUGAACAUGCAAAGAAAGUGUCGCAGCAAGUCAGUAAGGUUUUAUACAAGCAGAACUGGGAAGACACCAAGGAUAAGUACCUGCUUCCUCCUGAUGCCCCUGAACUUGUCCAGGCUGUUAAGAACACAGCCAUGUUCAGCAAGAAACUGUACACCGAAGACUGGGAAGCAGACAAAAGUUUGUUUUACCCCUACAAUGAUAGCCCGGAACUGAGGAGAGUUGCCCAGGCCCAGAAAGCUCUCAGUGAUGUUGCCUACAAAAAAGGUCUCGCUGAACAGCAGGCUCAAUUCACGCCUCUAGCCGAUCCUCCAGAUAUAGAAUUUGCCAAGAAAGUAACCAAUCAAGUGAGCAAGCAAAAAUACAAACAAGACUAUGAAAAUAAAAUCAAAGGCAAAUGGAGUGAGACACCUUGCUUUGAAGUUGCAAAUGCCAGAAUGAAUGCUGAAAACAUCAGCACAAGGAAAUAUCAGGAAGAUUUUGAAAAUAUGAAAGACCAGAUCUACUUCAUGCAGACUGAAACACCAGAGUAUAAAGUGAAUAAAAAAGCUGGUGUGGCAGCUAGCAAGGUAAAAUACAAAGAAGACUAUGAAAAGAAUAAAGGCAAAGCAGAUUAUAAUGUGCUUCCUGCUUCAGAGAACCCACUGCUUAAGCAGCUGAAGGCGGCAGGAAAUGCCCUAAGUGAUAAACUAUACAAGGAAAACUAUGAAAAGACAAAGGCAAAGAGCAUAAAUUACUGCGAGACCCCCAAAUUUAAGCUCGAUACUGUUCUGCAGAACUUCAGUAGUGAUAACAAAUACAAAGAUUCCUACUUAAAAACUAUUUUGGGACAUUAUGUAGGCAGCUUUGAGGAUCCAUACCAUUCACACUGCAUGAAAGUCGCAGCUCAAAACAGUGAUAAAAACUACAAAGCAGAAUAUGAAGAAGACAGAGGCAAAGGCUUCUUCCCCCAGACCAUAACUCAAGAAUAUGAAGCAAUUAAGAAACUAGAUCAGUGUAAAGAUCACACCUACAAAGUCCAUCCAGAUAAGACAAAAUUCACCCAAGUUACCGACUCUCCUGUUCUGCUGCAAGCCCAAGUCAAUUCCAAACAACUGAGUGAUUUAAAUUACAAAGCAAAACAUGAAAGUGAAAAGUUCAAGUGCCAUAUCCCCCCUGAUACUCCUGCUCUUAUCCAGCACAAAGUCAAUGCCUAUAACCUGAGUGAUAAUCUUUAUAAGCAAGACUGGGAGAAGAGCAAAGCCAAGAAGUUUGACAUUAAAGUGGACGCCAUUCCCCUACUGGCAGCCAAAGCCAACACCAAGAACACCAGUGAUGUAAUGUACAAGAAAGACUAUGAAAAAAGCAAAGGAAAAAUGAUUGGAGCCCUCAGCGUUAAUGAUGAUCCCAAGAUACUGCACUCUUUGAAGGUGGCCAAAAACCAGAGUGAUAGAUUAUACAAGGAAAACUAUGAGAAGACAAAGGCGAAGAGUAUGAAUUACUGUGAGACCCCGAAAUAUCAACUUGAUACUCAGCUGAAGAACUUCAGUGAGGCUAAAUAUAAAGACUCAUAUGUGAAGGAUAUUUUGGGACAUUAUGUAGGCAGCUUUGAGGACCCAUAUCACACACACUGCAUGAAAGUUGCAGCUCAAAACAGUGACAAAAGUUACAAAGCAGAGUAUGAAGAAGAUAAAGGAAAAUGCUAUUUCCCUCAGACAAUAACACAAGAAUAUGAAGCAAUCAAGAAGCUGGACCAGUGUAAAGACCAUACCUACAAAGUUCAUCCAGAUAAGACCAAAUUCACGGCAGUCACUGAUACUCCUGUACUGUUGCAAGCCCAGCUCAAUACGAAACAGCUUAGCGAUCUGAAUUACAAAGCAAAACAUGAAGGUGAGAAGUUCAAGUGCCAUGUACCAGCAGAUGCUCCACAGUUUAUCCAACACAGAGUCAAUGCCUACAAUCUGAGUGAUAAUCUUUAUAAGCAAGACUGGGAGAAGAGCAAAGCCAAGAAGUUUGAAAUUAAAGUGGAUGCCAUUCCCCUGCUGGCAGCCAAAGCCAAUACCAAGAAUGCUAGUGAUGUGAUGUAUAAGAAAGACUAUGAAAAAAGCAAAGGGAAAAUGAUUGGGGCCCUCAGCAUUAACGACGAUCCCAAGAUGCUGCACUCCUUGAAGACAGCCAAAAACCAGAGUGAUCAUGAAUAUCGAAAAGAUUAUGAAAAGUCAAAAACUAUCUACACGGCACCUCUGGAUAUGCUCCAAGUCACCCAAGCUAAGAAAUCUCAGGAAAUUGCCAGCGACGUUGAUUAUAAGCACAUCUUACACAGUUACAGCUACCCGCCCGAUAGCAUCAACGUGGACCUCGCCAAGAAGGCGUACGCGCUACAGAGCGAUGUUGAAUACAAAGCUGACUACAACAGCUGGAUGAAAGGUUGUGGCUGGGUGCCUUUUGGGUCCUUAGAAAUGGAAAAGGCAAAGCGAGCUUCAGACAUCCUUAAUGAGAAAAAAUAUCGCCAACAUCCAGACACACUCAAGUUUACCUCGAUUGAAGAUGCUCCAAUUACAGUACAGGCUAAAAUUAACCAGGCCCAGAGGAGUGAUAUCGCUUACAAAGCCAAAGGAGAGGAAAUUCUUCACAAAUACAACCUGCCAGCAGACCUGCCCCAGUUCAUCCAAGCUAAAGUUAAUGCCUACAAUAUCAGUGAGAAUAUGUACAAAGCAGACUUGAAAGACUUGAGCAAGAAGGGAUAUGACCUGAGAACUGAUGCGAUUCCCAUCAGAGCUGCCAAAGCUGCCAGGCAGGCGGCAAGUGAUGUUCAGUACAAAAAAGAUUAUGAAAAAGCUAAAGGGAAAAUGGUUGGCUUCCAAAGUCUUCAAGAUGACCCUAAACUGGUUCAUUAUAUGAAUGUGGCCAAGACACAAUCAGAUCGGGAGUAUAAAAAAGACUAUGAGAAGACAAAGACCAAAUACAGCACGCCCCAUGAUAUGUUCAAUGUCGUGGCGGCUAAGAAAGCUCAGGAUGUGGUCAGCAAUGUCAACUAUAAGCAUUCUCUCCAUCAUUACACCUACUUGCCUGACGCCAUGGACCUGGAGCUGUCUAAGAACAUGAUGCAGAUACAGAGUGAUAACGUCUACAAGGAAGACUACAACAACUGGAUGAAAGGCAUUGGCUGGAUUCCUAUCGGCAGUCUUGACGUCGAAAAGGUUAAAAAGGCCGGUGAUGCUCUGAAUGAAAAGAAGUACAGGCAACAUCCAGACACCCUCAAAUUUACCAGCAUCGUGGACUCCCCAGUUAUGGUCCAGGCAAAACAGAACACGAAGCAAGUCAGUGAUAUCUUAUACAAAGCUAAAGGAGAAGAUGUGAAACAUAAAUACACUAUGAGUCCUGAUCUUCCUCAGUUUCUCCAGGCCAAGUGCAAUGCUUACAAUAUAAGUGACGUCUGUUAUAAACGGGAUUGGCAUGACUUAAUAGCCAAGGGCAACAAUGUGCUGGGUGACGCUAUUCCCAUCACUGCAGCCAAGGCAUCGAGAAACAUUGCCAGUGAUUAUAAAUACAAGGAAGCUUAUGAGAAGGCAAAGGGAAAGCAUGUGGGUUUCAGAAGCCUCCAGGAUGAUCCCAAGCUUGUCCACUAUAUGAAUGUAGCAAAGUUGCAGUCCGAUCGUGAAUACAAGAAGAACUAUGAGAACACCAAAACCAGCUACCAUACCCCUGGGGACAUGGUUAGCAUCAUAGCUGCAAAGAUGGCCCAGGAUGUUGCCACCAAUGUCAACUACAAACAGCCAUUGCAUCAUUACACAUACCUACCAGACGCCAUGAGUCUUGAGCAUACGAGGAAUGUCAAUCAAAUUCAGAGUGAUAAUGUGUAUAAAGACGAGUAUAACAGCUUCUUCAAGGGCAUCGGAUGGAUCCCUAUUGGUUCCCUGGAGGUUGAGAAGGCCAAGAAAGCAGGCGAUGCAUUAAAUGAGAGGAAGUAUCGACAGCACCCAGAUACCAUCAAGUUCACAAGUGUGCCUGAUUCCAUGGGCAUGGUGUUGGCUCAGCAGAACACAAAGCAGCUAAGUGAUUUGAACUACAAGGUGGAGGGAGAGAAACUGAAGCACAAGUACACUAUUGAUCCUGAAUUGCCUCAGUUUAUUCAAGCCAAGGUCAACGCCCUCAACAUGAGUGACGCUUAUUAUAAAGCAGAUUGGAAGAAAACUCUUGCCAAGGGCUAUGAUUUGAGACCAGAUGCCAUCCCAAUUGUUGCUGCAAAAAGUUCAAGGAAUAUUGCUAGUGAUUGCAAAUAUAAGGAGGCCUAUGAGAAAGCCAAAGGCAAGCAAAUUGGAUUUCUCAGCCUUCAGGAUGAUCCUAAACUGGUUCACUACAUGAAUGUGGCCAAAAUGCAGUCUGAUCGUGAGUACAAAAAGGGCUAUGAAGCCAGCAAGACCAAGUACCACACACCUCUGGAUAUGGUCAGUGUGACAGCUGCGAAGAAAUCUCAGGAGGUUGCCACUAAUGCCAACUACAGACAGCCAUACCACAACUAUACUCUCCUGCCUGACGCCUUGAAUGUGGAGCACUCCAGGAAUGCCAUGCAGAUUCAGAGUGAUAAUCUGUACAAAUCUGACUUCACCAAUUGGAUGAAAGGGAUUGGCUGGGUCCCCAUAGAGUCCCUGGAGGUGGAGAAGGCAAAGAAAGCAGGAGAGAUUCUUAGUGAGAAGAAGUAUCGCCAGCACCCCGAGAAGCUAAAGUUCACAUACGCCAUGGACACAAUGGAACAGGCACUUAACAAGAGUAACAAACUGAACAUGGACAAGAGGCUCUACACUGAAAAAUGGAACAAGGACAAGACCACCAUUCAUGUCAUGCCAGACACACCAGAUAUUUUACUCUCCAGAGUAAACCAAAUCACCAUGAGUGAUAAACUGUACAAAGCUGGCUGGGAAGAGGAAAAGAAGAAAGGAUAUGAUCUAAGGCCUGAUGCCAUUGCAAUUAAGGCUGCAAGAGCCUCUAGAGACAUUGCCAGUGAUUACAAAUACAAACAAGCCUAUGAACAAGCCAAAGGGAAACACAUUGGCUUCCGGAGCCUGGAAGAUGACCCCAAGCUGGUGCACUUCAUGCAAGUGGCCAAGAUGCAGUCAGACCGGGAAUACAAGAAGGCAUACGAGAAAUCCAAGACCUCCUUCCACACCCCGGUGGACAUGCUCAGUGUGGUAGCAGCCAAGAAGUCUCAGGAAGUAGCCACCAACACCAACUACAGGAACGUGAUCCAUACCUACAACAUGCUUCCUGAUGCCAUGAACUUUGAAUUGGCCAAAAAUAUGAUGCAGAUUCAAAGUGAUAAUCAGUACAAGGCCGACUAUGCUGACUUCAUGAAGGGCAUUGGAUGGCUCCCUCUGGGCUCCCUGGAAGCGGAGAAAAACAAGAAAGCCAUGGAGAUUAUUAGUGAAAAGAAGUACCGCCAGCACCCAGACACUUUGAAGUAUUCCACACUGAUGGACUCAAUGAACAUGGUUUUGGCCCAGAAUAAUGCAAAAAUUAUGAACGAACAUCUCUACAAACAAGCAUGGGAGGCUGAUAAAACCAAAGUACACAUCAUGCCUGAUAUCCCUCAGAUUAUUUUGGCAAAGGCAAAUGCAAUUAAUAUGAGUGAUAAACUCUACAAACUUUCCUUGGAAGAGUCUAAAAAGAAAGGCUACGAUCUCAGGCCUGAUGCAAUUUCUAUCAAAGCUGCCAAGGCGUCAAGAGAUAUUGCAAGUGAUUAUAAAUACAAAUACAAUUAUGAAAAAGGGAAGGGGAAAAUGGUUGGUUUCCGCAGUCUUGAGGAUGAUCCCAAAUUAGUCCAUUCCAUGCAAGUGGCUAAGAUGCAAUCUGAUCGGGAGUACAAGAAAAACUAUGAGAACACAAAGACCAGCUACCACACGCCUGCCGACAUGCUCAGUGUCACAGCUGCCAAGGAUGCCCAAGCCAACAUCACCAACACUAACUACAAGCACCUGAUUCACCAGUACAUCCUCCUUCCAGAUGCAAUGAACAUUGAGCUGACAAGGAAUAUGAAUCGCAUACAGAGUGAUAAUGAAUAUAAGCAAGACUACAAUGAAUGGUACAAAGGGCUUGGCUGGAGUCCAGCAGGUUCCCUGGAAGUGGAGAAGGCCAAGAAAGCAACCGAAUAUGCCAGUGAUCAGAAAUACCGCCAGCACCCGAGCAACUUCCAGUUUAAGAAACUGACUGAUUCCAUGGACAUGGUGCUUGCCAAGCAGAAUGCACAUACCAUGAACAAGCAUUUAUACACCGUUGAUUGGAAUAAAGAUAAGACCAAGAUUCAUGUGAUGCCUGAUACACCAGAUAUUUUACAAGCCAAGCAGAAUCAAACAAUGUAUAGUCAGAAACUCUAUAAACUUGGAUGGGAAGAAGCUUUGAAGAAAGGCUAUGAUCUCCCAGUUGAUGCGAUUUCUGUACAGCUAGCUAAAGCUUCAAGAGACAUUGCUAGUGAUUUUAAAUACAAACAAGGCUACCGAAAGCAACUUGGCCACCAUAUUGGAUUCCGGAAUCUGCAAGAUGAUCCAAAACUUGUGUUGUCCAUGAAUGUAGCCAAAAUGCAGAGUGAAAGAGAAUACAAGAAGGACUUUGAGAAGUGGAAAACUAAGUUCUCCAGCCCAGUGGACAUGUUGGGACUGGUACUGGCCAAGAAGUGUCAGGCCUUGGUUAGUGACGUGGACUACAGGAACUACUUACAUCAGUGGACGUGCCUGCCCGAUCAGAAUGAUGUUACUCAAGCUAAGAAAGUUUAUGAACUUCAAAGUGAGAAUCUGUAUAAGUCUGACCUUGAGUGGCUGAGAGGCAUAGGAUGGAGUCCCUUGGGUUCUUUAGAGGCAGAAAAGAACAAGCGGGCUUCAGAAAUCAUCAGUGAGAAGAAAUAUCGUCAGCCUCCAGACAAAAAUAAGUUCACCAGCAUUCCUGAUGCCAUGGACAUAGUUCUGGCAAAGACAAAUGCCAAAAAUAGGAGUGAUAGACUUUACAGAGAAGCUUGGGACAAGGACAAGACUCAGAUCCACAUCAUGCCUGAUACACCUGACAUUGUUCUGGCUAAAGCAAACUUAAUCAACACAAGUGAUAAACUCUACCGAAUGGGUUAUGAGGAGCUGAAGAGAAAAGGUUACGAUCUUCCUGUUGAUGCCAUACCAAUCAAAGCAGCAAAAGCCUCCCGGGAAAUUGCCAGUGAAUACAAGUACAAAGAAGGCUUUCGCAAGCAGCUCGGCCACCACAUUGGAGCCCGGAACAUUAAGGAUGAUCCCAAGAUGAUGUGGUCCAUGCACGUGGCCAAGAUCCAGAGUGACAGGGAGUACAAGAAGGACUUUGAGAAGUGGAAAACCAAGUUCAGCAGCCCAGUGGACAUGCUGGGGGUGGUGCUGGCCAAGAAGUGCCAGACCUUAGUCAGCGACGUGGACUACAAGAACUACCUGCACCAGUGGACGUGCCUGCCCGACCAGAGUGAUGUCAUCCACGCUCGGCAGGCUUAUGACCUCCAGAGCGAUAAUUUGUACAAGUCAGACCUUCAGUGGCUAAAGGGCAUCGGCUGGAUGCCUGCUGGUUCUCUUGAGGAUGAGAAAAACAAACGAGCCACCCAGAUUUUGAGUGACCAUGUUUACCGUCAGCACCCAGAUAAAUUCAAGUUUUCCAGCCUUAUGGAUUCCAUACCGAUGGUUUUGGCAAAAAACAAUGCUAUUACCAUGAAUCAUCGCCUCUAUACAGAAGCUUGGGAUAAAGAUAAAACCACCGUCCACAUUAUGCCAGAUACCCCUGAAGUUUUAUUAGCUAAACAAAACAAAGUAAAUUACAGUGAGAAAUUAUAUAAGCUUGGCCUAGAAGAAGCCAAGAGGAAAGGUUAUGAUAUGCGAGUAGAUGCCAUUCCUAUCAAGGCAGCCAAGGCCUCCAGAGAUAUUGCAAGCGAAUUCAAGUACAAAGAGGGCUAUCGUAAGCAGCUCGGCCACCACAUUGGUGCCCGAGCUAUACAUGAUGACCCCAAGAUGAUGUGGUCCAUGCACGUGGCCAAGAUCCAGAGUGACAGGGAGUACAAGAAGGACUUUGAGAAGUGGAAAACCAAGUUCAGCAGCCCAGUGGACAUGCUGGGGGUGGUGCUGGCCAAGAAGUGCCAGACCUUAGUCAGUGAUGUGGACUAUAAGAACUACCUGCACCAGUGGACGUGCCUGCCCGAUCAGAGCGAUGUCAUCCACGCCCGGCAGGCCUAUGACCUCCAGAGUGAUAAUAUGUACAAGUCUGAUCUUCAGUGGUUGCGUGGCAUCGGCUGGGUGCCCAUUGGCUCUUUGGAUGUGGAAAAAUGCAAAAGGGCAACAGAAAUUUUGAGUGAUAAAAUCUAUCGCCAGCCCCCAGACAGAUUCAAAUUUACCAGUGUGACUGAUUCUCUGGAACAAGUGUUGGCCAAAAAUAAUGCCAUCACUAUGAACAAGCGUUUGUACACAGAAGCCUGGGACAAAGACAAGACUCAGAUCCACAUAAUGCCAGACACACCAGAAAUUAUGUUGGCGAGAAUGAACAAAAUCAACUACAGUGAGAGUCUGUACAAACUUGCUAAUGAAGAAGCAAAGAAGAAAGGCUAUGACUUGCGGAGCGACGCCAUCCCCAUCGUUGCGGCCAAGGCCUCCAGGGACAUCAUCAGUGACUACAAAUAUAAAGAUGGUUACCGCAAGCAACUCGGCCACCACAUUGGAGCACGUGACAUUAAAGAUGACCCCAAGAUGAUGUGGUCCAUGCACGUGGCCAAGAUCCAGAGUGACAGGGAGUACAAGAAGGACUUUGAGAAGUGGAAAACCAAGUUCAGCAGCCCAGUGGACAUGCUGGGGGUGGUGCUGGCCAAGAAGUGCCAGACCUUAGUCAGCGACGUGGACUACAAGAACUACCUGCACGAGUGGACGUGCCUGCCCGACCAGAAUGAUGUCAUUCACGCCCGGCAGGCCUAUGACCUCCAGAGUGACAAUAUUUACAAGUCAGAUCUCCAGUGGUUGAAAGGCAUUGGCUGGGUCCCCAUUGGGUCUAUGGAUGUGGUCAAGUGCAAGAGAGCUGCAGAAAUACUGAGUGAUAACCUCUACCGCCAGCCUCCGGACAAGCUGAAAUUCACCAGCGUGACUGAUUCUCUGGAGCAGGUGCUGGCCAAGAACAAUGCCCUCAACAUGAACAAGCGUUUAUAUACAGAGGCCUGGGACAAAGACAAGACUCAAAUUCACAUAAUGCCAGACACACCAGAGAUUAUGUUGGCAAGGCAGAACAAAAUCAACUACAGUGAGAGUCUAUACAAACUUGCCAAUGAAGAAGCAAAAAAGAAAGGCUACGACUUGCGAAGUGACGCCAUCCCCAUCGUGGCUGCCAAGGCCUCCAGGGACAUUAUCAGUGACUACAAAUACAAGGAUGGUUACCGCAAGCAACUCGGCCACCACAUUGGAGCCCGGAACAUUAAAGAUGACCCCAAGAUGAUGUGGUCCAUGCACGUGGCCAAGAUCCAGAGUGACAGGGAGUACAAGAAGGACUUUGAGAAGUGGAAGACCAAGUUCAGCAGCCCAGUGGACAUGCUGGGGGUGGUGCUGGCCAAGAAGUGCCAGACCUUAGUCAGCGACGUGGACUACAAGAACUUCCUGCACGAGUGGACGUGCCUGCCCGACCAGAAUGACGUCAUCCACGCUCGGCAGGCCUAUGACCUCCAGAGCGAUAACAUUUACAAAUCUGAUCUCCAGUGGCUGAAAGGCAUUGGCUGGGUCCCCAUUGGGUCUGUGGAUGUAGUCAAGUGCAAGAGAGCUGCAGAAAUACUCAGUGAUCACAUCUACCGCCAGCCUCCAGACAAGCUGAAAUUUACCAGCAUCACUGAUUCUCUAGAGCAGGUGUUGGCCAAGAACAAUGCUCUCAACAUGAACAAGCGCUUAUACACAGAAGCCUGGGACAAAGACAAGACCCAAGUCCAUAUUAUGCCUGAUACACCUGAAAUCAUGUUAGCAAGACAAAAUAAAAUAAAUUAUAGUGAGAACCUCUAUCGUCAGGCCAUGGAAGAAGCCAAGAAAGAAGGCUAUGACUUGAGAAGUGACGCCAUUCCCAUUGUGGCUGCCAAGGCCUCUCGGGAUAUUGCCAGUGAUUACAAAUACAAAGAAGCAUAUCGUAAACAGUUGGGUCACCACAUUGGGGCCCGAGCAGUACAUGAUGACCCCAAGAUAAUGUGGUCCCUUCACAUUGCCAAAGUGCAGAGUGACCGUGAGUACAAGAAAGAAUUUGAGAAAUACAAGACAAGGUACAGCAGCCCAGUGGACAUGCUUGGUAUCGUUUUGGCCAAGAAAUGUCAGACCUUGGUCAGCGACGUGGACUAUAAACAUCCUCUUCAUGAAUGGAUCUGCCUGCCUGACCAGAAUGACAUCAUUCAUGCACGGAAAGCCUAUGACCUCCAGAGUGAUAAUUUGUAUAAGUCAGACCUUGAAUGGAUGAAAGGCAUUGGCUGGGUUCCGAUUGGUUCCUUAGAAGUUGUUAGGGCCAAGAGAGCUGCAGAGAUACUUAGUGAUAAUAUCUACCGUCAGCAUCCAGACACAAUGAAAUUUACCAGUAUAACAGACACUCCGGAGCAGGUGCUGGCAAAAAACAAUGCUAUAAACAUGAAUAAGCGCUUAUAUACUGAAGCCUGGGACAAUGACAAGAAAACUAUUCAUGUCAUGCCUGAUACACCAGAAAUCAUGUUAGCCAAACUCAACCGAAUAAACUACAGUGAUAAACUCUAUAAACUUGCUUUGGAAGAGUCCAGAAAGGAAGGCUAUGACUUGCGUCUGGAUGCCAUUCCAAUCCAAGCAGCCAAGGCUUCAAGAGAUAUUGCUAGCGAUUACAAGUACAAGGAAGGCUACCGCAAACAGCUCGGCCACCACAUUGGUGCCCGGAACAUUAAGGAUGACCCCAAGAUGAUGUGGUCCAUCCAUGUGGCCAAGAUCCAGAGUGACAGGGAGUACAAGAAAGACUUUGAGAAGUGGAAGACCAAGUUCAGCAGCCCAGUGGACAUGCUGGGGGUGGUGCUGGCCAAGAAGUGCCAGAUCCUUGUAAGCGACAUAGACUACAAGCACCCCCUGCAUGAAUGGACCUGCCUGCCUGAUCAGAACGAUGUCAUUCAAGCUCGGAAGGCCUAUGACCUGCAGAGUGAUGCUAUUUACAAAUCUGAUCUUGAGUGGCUGAGAGGCAUCGGAUGGGUUCCCAUUGGCUCUGUAGAGGUCGAGAAGGUGAAGAGGGCUGGAGAAAUUCUGAGUGAAAGGAAGUACCGCCAGCCUGCAGACCAGCUCAAAUUCACAUGCAUUACAGACACUCCGGAAAUUGUCCUCGCAAAGAAUAAUGCCCUGACCAUGAGCAAGCAUUUAUACACAGAAGCUUGGGAUGCUGACAAAGCCUCCAUCCAUGUGAUGCCAGACACCCCAGAAAUCCUGCUGGCCAAGAGCAAUUCUGCCAAUAUCAGCCAAAAACUUUACACCAAGGGAUGGGAUGAAUCAAAGAUGAAGGACUAUGAUCUGAGAGCAGAUGCUAUUUCCAUCAAAAGUGCCAAGGCCUCCAGGGACAUUGCCAGUGACUACAAAUACAAGGAAGCCUAUGAGAAACAGAAAGGCCACCACAUUGGAGCCCAGUGCAUUGAAGAUGAUCCCAAGAUUAUGUGUGCCAUACAUGCAGGAAAAAUUCAAAGUGAAAGGGAGUACAAGAAGGAAUUCCAGAAGUGGAAGACCAAGUUCUCUAGCCCCGUGGACAUGCUGGGCAUCUUGCUGGCCAAGAAAUGUCAGACGCUGGUCAGUGACAUUGAUUAUCGCAAUUACCUGCAUUACUGGACAUGCAUGCCUGAUCAGAACGACAUUAUCCAAGCAAAGAAAGCCUAUGACCUGCAGAGUGAUAAUGUAUAUAAGGCAGACCUGGAGUGGUUGCGUGGCAUCGGUUGGAUGCCAGAAGGCUCAGUGGAAAUGAACAGAGUGAAGGUUGCUCAAGACCUCCUGAAUGAAAGACUCUAUAGGACACGUCCAGAAGCUUUGUCAUUCACCAGCAUUGUCGACACUCCAGAAGUUGUCCUGGCAAAAGCCAAUUCUCUGCAAAUAAGUGAGAAACUGUAUCAAGAAGCCUGGAAUAAAGAUAAAGCCAACAUCAGCAUUCCUUCUGAUACUCCAGUGAUGCUGCAGGCCCAAAUCAAUGCCUUGCAAAUCAGCAAUAAACUGUACCAAAAAGACUGGAACGAGGCCAAGCAGAAAGGCUACGACAUAAGGGCAGAUGCCAUUGAAAUCAAGCACGCCAAAGCCUCCAGAGAAAUUGCCAGUGAGUACAAAUACAAAGAAGGUUAUCGUAAGCAACUGGGCCACCACGUGGGUUUCCGCACCCUACAAGAUGACCCCAAGUUGGUGUGGUCUAUACAUGCUGCCAAGAUCCAGAGUGACAGAGAAUAUAGGAAAGCUUAUGAGAAGUCUAAAGGAAUUCACAACACACCGUUGGACAUGAUGUCAAUUGUUCAAGCCAAGAAAUGCCAGGUCCUAGUUAGCGACAUUGAUUAUCGCAAUUAUCUGCACCAGUGGACAUGUCUGCCAGAUCAGAAUGAUGUGAUCCAGGCCAGGAAAGCCUAUGACCUGCAGAGCGAUAACUUGUACAAAUCAGACCUGGAAUGGAUGAAGGGUAUCGGAUGGUUGCCAGAGGGUUCUGUGGAAGUGAUGAGAGUGAAGAAUGCCCAGAAUCUCUUGAAUGAAAGGUUGUAUCGUAUAAAGCCGGAGGCCCUCAAAUUCACCAGCAUUGUUGACACCCCGGAAGUAAUCCAGGCAAAGAUCAAUGCUGUCCAGAUUAGUGAGCCAUUGUAUCGCGAUGCCUGGGAGAAAGAGAAGGCGAAUGUGAACGUACCAGCUGACACGCCCCUGAUGCUGCAAUCCAAAAUCAAUGCUCUGCAGAUCAGCAAUAAACACUACCAGCAAGCUUGGGAAGAUGUCAAGAUGACUGGUUAUGACCUGCGAGCAGAUGCCAUUGGGAUCCAGCACGCCAAAGCUUCCAGGGAUAUUGCCAGUGAUUAUCUGUACAAAACUGCUUAUGAGAAACAGAAAGGCCAUUACAUCGGAUGUCGCAAUGCUAAGGAAGACCCUAAACUGGUUUGGGCAGCAAAUGUGUUGAAGAUGCAGAAUGACAGGCUAUACAAAAAGGCCUACAAUGACCACAAGGCCAAGAUCUCCAUCCCUGGGGACAUGGUGUCCAUCAACGCCGCCAAAGAAGGCCAGGCACUAGCAAGUGAUGUGGACUAUCGCCAGUACCUGCACCACUGGUCUUGCUUUCCCGACCAGAAUGAUGUGAUCCAAGCCAGGAAAGCCUACGACCUGCAGAGUGACGUAAGUGUGUCCCUCUACAAAGCUGACCUGGAGUGGCUCCGAGGCAUUGGCUGGAUUCCCCUGGAUUCUGUGGACCAUGUGAGGGUUACUAAGAACCAGGAAAUGGUCAAUCAGAUAAAAUAUAAGAAAAAUGCCCUUGACAACUAUCCUAACUUUACAAGUGUGGUGGAUCCUCCAGAGAUUGUUUUAGCCAAGAUUAAUUCUGUCAAUCAAAGUGAUGUAAAAUACAAAGAAACAUUUAAUAAAGCGAAGGGCAAGUAUACGUUUUCACCAGACACACCACAUAUCUCCCACUCCAAAGACAUGGGAAAACUCUACAGUACUAUCCUGUAUAAAGGGGCGUGGGAGGGCACCAAGGCCUAUGGCUAUACCCUGGACGAGCGCUACAUUCCCAUCGUUGGAGCCAAGCAUGCCGAUCUGGUGAACAGUGAGCUUAAAUACAAAGAGACAUAUGAGAAGCAGAAAGGUCACUACCUGGCUGGAAAAGUGAUCGGUGAAUUCCCUGGUGUGGUUCACUGUCUGGAUUUCCAAAAGAUGAGGAGUGUGUUGAACUACAGAAAACAUUAUGAGGAUACCAAAGCAAAUGUUCAUAUCCCCAACGAUAUGAUGAAUCAUGUGCUGGCUAAAAAGUGCCAAUACAUCCUCAGUGACCUGGAGUAUCGACACUAUUUCCACCAGUGGACAUCUCUUCCAGAAGAACCUAAUGUUAUACGCGUCCGAAACGCCCAGGAGAUCUUGAGUGAUAAUGUAUAUAAAGAUGACCUGAAUUGGUUGAAAGGCAUUGGUUGCUACGUUUGGGAUACACCCCAAAUCCUCCAUGCCAAGAAAGCAUAUGACCUUCAGAGUCAGUUACAAUAUACAGCGGCAGGUAAAGAAAAUCUACAAAACUAUAAUCUGGUCACAGACACGCCCCUCUAUGUGACUGCUGUUCAGAGUGGCAUUAAUGCCAGUGAGGUGAAAUAUAAAGAAAAUUAUCAUCAGAUUAAGGACAAAUACACAACAGUUCUGGAGACAGUGGAUUCUGACAGAACCAGAAACCUGAAGAAUCUGUACAGCAGUAACCUGUAUAAGGAGGCCUGGGAUAGAGUGAAAGCCACCAGCUACAUCCUACCUACCAGCACCUUGUCCCUGACACAUGCCAAGAACCAGAAGCAUCUGGCCAGCCGUAUCAAAUAUCGGGAAGAAUAUGAAAAGUUCAAAGCUCUUUAUACGUUACCAAGAAGCGUUGAAGAUGAUCCGAACACAGCACGGUGCCUCCGAGUUGGCAAGCUUAACAUCGAUCGCCUGUACAGAUCAGUUUAUGAAAAGAACAAGAUGAAAAUCCACAUCGUCCCCGACAUGGUAGAGAUGGUUACCGCCAAGGAUUCUCAGAAGAAAGUCAGUGAGAUUGAUUACCGCCUGCAUCUCCACGAAUGGAUUUGCCACCCCGACUUACAAGUCAAUGAUCAUGUCAGGAAAGUCACAGAUCAGAUCAGCGACAUUGUGUACAAGGAUGACCUCAACUGGCUGAAAGGCAUUGGUUGCUAUGUCUGGGACACUCCUGAAAUCCUCCAUGCCAAGCAUGCUUAUGAUCUACGUGAUGAUAUCAAGUAUAAAGCUCACAUGUUGAAAACAAGGAAUGACUACAAGCUUGUCACAGAUACACCAGUCUACGUGCAGGCUGUCAAAAGUGGGAAACAGCUAAGUGACGCUGUCUACCACUAUGACUAUGUGCACAGUGUCAGAGGCAAAGUGGCUCCAACUACCAAAACUGUGGAUCUGGACCGGGCCCUCCACGCGUACAAGCUGCAGAGUGCGAAUCUAUACAAAACCAGCCUGCGCACCCUGCCCACUGGAUAUAGACUACCAGGUGAUACUCCUCACUUCAAACACAUCAAGGAUACCCGUUACAUGAGCAGUUAUUUCAAGUACAAAGAAGCCUAUGAACACACCAAGGCAUAUGGGUAUACACUCGGUCCCAAAGAUGUUCCAUUUGUCCACGUCCGGAGAGUCAACAAUGUUACCAGCGAGAGACUGUAUCGAGAAUUGUACCACAAACUGAAAGACAAGAUCCAUACAACUCCUGAUACCCCUGAGAUCCGCCAAGUCAAGAAGACACAAGAGGCUGUCAGUGAGUUGAUCUACAAAUCAGACUUCUUCAGGAUGCAGGGCCACAUGAUCUCUCUGCCAUACACACCCCAAGUGAUCCACUGCCGCUAUGUGGGAGACAUCACCAGUGAUAUUAAAUACAAAGAGGACUUGCAGGUCCUGAAGGGACUUGGCUGCUUCCUGUAUGACACUCCUGACAUGGUCCGCUCCCGGCACCUGCGGAAGCUCUGGUCUAAUUACCUGUACACUGAUAAGGCAAGGAAGAUGCGAGACAAAUACAAAGUGGUGCUUGACACUCCAGAAUACAGAAAAGUGCAAGAACUGAAGACACAUCUGAGUGAGCUGGUCUACAGAGCUGCAGGCAAGAAGCAGAAGUCAAUCUUUACUUCAGUUCCUGAUACUCCUGAUCUUUUAAGAGCCAAGCGAGGACAGAAGCUUCAGAGUCAGUAUCUGUAUGUUGAACUUGCCACCAAAGAGAGACCCCACCAUCACGCUGGAAACCAGACCACAGCCUUGAAGCACGCUAAAGAUGUGAAGGACAUGGUCAGCGAGAAAAAAUACAAGAUUCAAUAUGAAAAGAUGAAGGACAAGUACACUCCGGUUCCAGAUACGCCAAUCCUCAUCAGAGCCAAGAGGGCUUACUGGAAUGCCAGUGAUCUACGCUACAAAGAAACCUUUCAAAAGACCAAAGGGAAAUACCACACGGUGAAAGAUGCCCUGGACAUUGUCUAUCAUCGCAAAGUCACUGAUGACAUCAGUAAAAUAAAAUACAAGGAGAACUACAUGAGCCAGUUGGGUAUCUGGAGGUCCAUUCCUGAUCGUCCGGAGCAUUUCCACCACCGAGCAGUCACUGAUGCAGUCAGUGAUGUAAAAUAUAAAGAAGACUUGACUUGGCUUAAAGGCAUUGGUUGCUAUGCCUAUGAUACCCCUGAUUUCACUCUGGCUGAAAAGAACAAGACUCUAUACAGCAAGUAUAAGUACAAAGAAGUAUUUGAAAGGACAAAGUCAGAUUUCAAGUAUGUUGCAGACUGUCCGAUCAACAGGCAUUUCAAGUAUGCAACUCAACUGAUGAAUGAGAGAAAAUAUAAAUCUAGUGCCAAGAUGUUUCUGCAACAUGGAUGUAAUGAAAUUCUACGUCCAGAUAUGUUGACUGCUCUCUACAAUUCACACAUGUGGAGCCAGAUCAAAUAUAGGAAAAACUAUGAAAAAUCAAAGGACAAAUUUACCUCAGUUGUGGACACUCCAGAACACCUGCGUACUACAAAAGUCAACAAACAAAUCAGCGAUAUUCUUUAUAAAUUGGAAUACAACAAGGCCAAACCCAGAGGCUACACCACAAUCCACGACACACCCAUGUUGCUGCAUGUCCGCAAGGUUAAAGAUGAAGUCAGUGAUCUGAAAUACAAGGAAGUAUACCAAAGAAAUAAAUCCAACUGCACCAUUGAGCCAGAUGCUGUUCAUAUCAAAGCAGCCAAGGACGCCUACAAAGUCAACACCAACCUGGACUAUAAGAAACAGUAUGAAGCCAACAAAGCCCACUGGAGGUGGACCCCUGACCGACCAGACUUCCUCCAGGCUGCCAAGUCAUCCCUGCAGCAAAGUGAUUUUGAAUAUAAGCUGGACCGGGAGUUCCUCAAGGGUUGCAAGCUUUCUGUCACUGAUGACAAAAACACAGUGCUGGCCCUCAGGAAUACUUUAAUAGAAAGUGAUCUGAAAUACAAAGAAAAACAUGUCAAGGAAAGAGGAACUUGCCACGCUGUACCUGACACGCCUCAAAUCCUGCUGGCGAAGACUGUCAGCAACCUGGUGUCCGAGAACAAGUACAAGGACCAUGUCAAGAAGCACUUGGCCCAGGGGUCAUACACAACACUACCAGAGACCCGGGACACUGUUCACGUCAAGGAAGUGACCAAGCAUGUCAGUGAUACAAAUUACAAAAAGAAGUUUGUCAAGGAGAAAGGAAAAUCCAACUACUCCAUCAUGCUGGAGCCACCAGAGGUGAAACAUGCUAUGGAAGUGGCCAAGAAGCAAAGUAAUGUUGCUUACAGAAAAGAUGCCAAAGAGAACCUGCAUUACACCACAGUGGCCGAUCGACCAGACAUCAAGAAGGCCACACAGGCAGCCAAACAAGCCAGUGAGGUGGAGUACAGAGCCAAGCACCGCAAGGAAGGCAGCCAUGGCUUAAGCAUGCUCGGUCGCCCAGACAUAGAAAUGGCCAAGAAGGCAGCCAAGCUGAGUAGCCAGGCGGAAUACCUGAAAGGCCAAAGGAGAGGGCACGGCGCUGCAUCUUAUGACACCCCUAUGAUGAGGCAUCUUAAGAAAAUUAAUAUACUCAUCAGUGAUGUUAAAUACCGAGAAAAUUUUGACAAAGAAAAGGGCAAGACACCAAAAUACAAUCCAAAGGACAGCCAGCUCUACAAAGUCAUGAAAGAUGCUAAUAAUCUUGCAAGUGAGGUUAAAUAUAAGGCUGACCUGAAGAAACUUCACAAACCUGUGACUGACAUGAAGGAGUCUCUGAUCAUGAAUCAUGUCCUGAAUACAAGCCAACUUGCCAGUUCUUACCAGUACAAGAAGAAGUAUGAGAAGAGUAAAGGCCACUACCACACAAUACCUGAUAAUCUGGAGCAGCUUCACCUAAAAGAGGCCACAGAAUUACAGAGUAUAGUGAAAUACAAAGAAAAGUAUGAAAAAGAACGAGGAAAGCCCAUGCUGGACUUUGAAACACCAACAUACAUCACUGCCAAAGAGUCUCAGCAGAUGCAGAGUGGGAAAGAAUAUAGGAAAGAUUAUGAAGAGUCCAUUAAAGGCAGAAACCUGACUGGCCUGGAGGUCACACCAGCUUUGUUACAUGUCAAAUAUGCAACCAAAAUAGCAAGCGAGAAAGAGUACAGGAAAGAUCUAGAGGAAAGCAUCCGUGGGAAGGGCCUCACUGAAAUGGAAGAUACACCUGACAUGCUAAGAGCAAAGAAUGCCACUCAGAUCCUCAAUGAGAAAGAAUAUAAGCGAGACCUGGAACUGGAAGUCAAAGGAAGAGGCCUGAAUGCCAUGGCCAAUGAAACUCCAGAUUUUAUGAGGGCUAGGAAUGCUACUGAUAUUGCCAGUCAGAUUAAGUACAAGCAAUCAGCAGAAAUGGAGAAAGCCAAUUUCACUUCUGUGGUUGAUACUCCAGAGAUCAUUCACGCCCAACAAGUCAAGAAUCUUUCAAGCCAGAAAAAGUACAAGGAAGAUGCUGAGAAGUCCAUGUCAUAUUAUGAGACCGUUUUGGAUACCCCAGAGAUGCAGAGAGUCCGGGAGAACCAAAAGAACUUCAGCCUUCUCCAAUACCAGUGUGACCUUAAAAACAGUAAAGGAAAAAUUACAGUUGUUCAAGACACGCCAGAAAUACUGCGUGUAAAAGAAAAUCAAAAGAAUUUCAGCUCGGUUUUAUAUAAAGAGGAUGUCUCACCAGGAACGGCAAUUGGAAAGACACCUGAGAUGAUGAGAGUGAAACAAACACAGGACCAUAUUAGCUCGGUGAAGUAUAAGGAAACAAUAGGACAAGGAACUCCAAUCCCUGACCUGCCUGAAGUGAAACGUGUGAAGGAGACGCAGAAGCACAUUAGCUCGGUUAUGUACAAAGAAAACUUGGGAACAGGCAUUCCAACCACUGUGACUCCAGAGAUUGAGAGAGUCAAACGCAAUCAAGAGAACUUUAGCUCGGUUUUGUACAAAGAAAAUUUGGGGAAAGGAAUCCCAACACCUAUCACUCCAGAGAUGGAGAGAGUCAAACGCAAUCAAGAGAACUUUAGCUCGAUAUUGUACAAAGAGAACUUGAGCAAGGGGACUCCCCUACCUGUCACUCCUGAGAUGGAGCGAGUCAAACUCAAUCAAGAAAACAUUAGCUCGGUGUUGUAUAAAGAAAACGUUGGAAAAGGGAUUCCAAUCCCCAUCACUCCAGAGAUGGAGAGAGUCAAACACAAUCAAGAAAACUUUAGUUCGGUGCUAUACAAAGAAAACCUGGGGACAGGAAUUCCAAUCCCCAUCACUCCUGAGAUGCGGAGAGUCAAACACAAUCAAGAAAACCUUAGCUCGGUGUUAUACAAAGAAAACAUGGGCAAGGGAACCCCUUUACCUGUCACUCCCGAGAUGGAAAGAGUCAAACACAAUCAAGAAAAUAUUAGCUCGGUGUUAUACAAAGAAAACAUGGGCAAGGGAACCCCUUUACCUGUCACUCCCGAGAUGGAGAGAGUCAAACACAAUCAAGAAAAUAUUAGCUCGGUUUUGUACAAAGAAAAUGUGGGGAAAGCCACCCCAACCCCUGUCACUCCUGAGAUGCAGAGAGUCAAACGCAAUCAAGAAAAUAUUAGCUCGGUGUUUUACAAAGAGAACCUGGGGAAAGCAACCCCCACACCCUUUACUCCUGAGAUGGAAAGAGUGAAACGCAAUCAAGAAAACUUUAGCUCGGUAUUGUACAAAGAGAACAUGAGAAAAGCAACUCCGACACCUGUUACUCCAGAGAUGGAGAGAGCUAAGCGCAACCAAGAAAACAUUAGCUCGGUUCUUUAUUCUGAUAGCUUCCGGAAACAAAUACAAGGCAAAGCUGCCUAUGUGUUGGAUACCCCAGAGAUGAGGCGGGUGAGGGAGACCCAACGGCACAUUUCAACGGUGAAAUAUCAUGAAGACUUUGAGAAACACAAGGGUUCCUUCACACCAGUGGUGACAGAUCCUAUCACUGAACGAGUAAAGAAGAACAUGCAGGACUUCAGUGACAUUAACUACCGAGGUAUUCAGAGGAAAGUGGUAGAAAUGGAACAAAAACGGAAUGACCAAGAUCAGGAGACUAUUACAGGUCUACGUGUCUGGCGUACUAAUCCUGGUUCAGUUUUUGACUAUGAUCCAGCAGAAGACAACAUCCAGUCCCGAAGCUUACACAUGAUUAAUGUCCAAGCUCAGCGCCGAGGCCGGGAGCAGUCACGAUCUGCCAGUGCACUGAGCAUCAGUGGGGGUGAGGAGAAGUCUGAACAUUCAGAAGCGCCAGACCACCACCUUUCGACUUACAGCGACGGGGGUGUCUUCACAGCCUCAACAGCUUACAAACAUGCAAAAACCACAGUGCUCCCACAACAACGAUCAUCUUCAGUUGCUACCCAACAGACAACAGUAUCUUCCAUCCCAUCUCAUCCAUCUACUGCUGGAAAAAUCUUUCGUGCCAUGUAUGACUACAUGGCUGCUGAUGCAGAUGAGGUGUCCUUCAAAGAUGGAGAUGCUAUCAUAAAUGUUCAAGCUAUUGAUGAAGGUUGGAUGUAUGGCACUGUGCAGAGGACUGGCAGGACCGGAAUGCUCCCAGCCAACUACGUUGAAGCUAUUUAGACAUUUCAAAGCAUCACACUUGUCUGCAGGACCCAUGCAGUGAAUGUUUCAGUUUAGACUCUCCACUGUUACCUAAGUUCUCAAGCUGCCUAUGGUUUUUCUGUGUCAAUGUGAUUUACAGUAGUAUCAUCCUUUUUCCUUUGGGUUUGAAAAUAAGUUGCAGAAUAGACAUUUUAAAAGCUUCUGCAAUAUUAUUUCUGUGCCCAGAGUCUUUCUCCAUUAUAAACAUGUUUUAACAUUAUUUCUUUUCUAAAACAGAUUUUUGAAUAUGCCAAACACAUUAAAGGAAAAAUAGCAGAGACAGUCACUUUUUCUUUGCCUACUGAUUGCUAAUGCUUAUUCUAAUUCAGUUCUGAAAUUAUAAAACUUAUAGUCAAUACAAACCAGCAACUAAUAAAACCUCUAAAUAUGCAACA